UUGCCACCAUUGAGGUUCUUUGCUUCCACCAUUCGAAACACCCUCUUUUCUAUUCUCGCUUAGCUAUUUAAAUAGCACAUCGCAACUUGAGUGGUGCCACCCUAUACUAUUCUGAAAUCUGUGUGCUAUGUUCGAAAUUUGCAAAAAUAUGGUAUAUAUUUGGAGGUUUUAGAAGAAAUCCGAGAUGGGCAUAGUCAGCAUGGUGCUUAGUUUCAUUGGAUUUUGCAUUGGAUUCUCAGUUGGUAUUGUUAUCGGUUACUUCCUCUUCAUCUACUUCCAGCCAACCGAUGUGAAGAAUGUCAAAGUUCGCCCACUGGUGGAAUAUGACUCAGAUUCUUUGGAUGACACCCUUCCUGAAAUUCCUUUGUGGCUCAAGAAUCCUGACUAUGAUAGACUUGAUUGGCUGAACAGGUUUUUGGAGUUGAUGUGGCCUUACCUCAACAAGGCUAUCUGCAGAAUUGCACAGGAUGUUGCAAAUCCAAUCAUUGCAAAGAACAAAGAGAAGUAUAAAAUAGACUAUAUUAAGUUUGAAACAUUUACUUUGGGUAGCUUACCACCAACCUUCCAAGGAGUGAAAGUCCAAGUUACAAAUGAGCAGGAGUUGGUUAUGGAACCCUCUCUUAAAUGGGCAGGAAAUCCCAAUACCACUGUUGUUGUAAAGGCUUACGGGUUGAAAGCAACUAUCCAGGUUGUGGAUAUGCAAGUCUUUGUUUUGCCUCGUAUUACUCUAAAGCCUUUGGUGUCUUCAUUUCCUUGCUUUGCAAAUAUCCUUGUUUCUCUCAUGGAGAAGCCACAUGUUGACUUUGGCCUAAAACUUCUUGGAGCAGAUGUAAUGGCUAUUCCUGUUCUUUACAAAUUUGUUCAGGAGACCAUCAUGGAUCAAGUUGCUAGCAUGUUUUUAUGGCCAAAGACCCUUGAAGUGCCUAUAAUGGAUCCCUCAAAGGCUUCUAAAAAGCCUGUUGGUAUUCUAUUAGUGAAAGUUUUAAGAGCUCAAAAUCUUCGAGAGAAGGGUCCGUUGGGUAAACGAGAUCCGUAUGUGAAGCUCAAGAUGUCAGGUAGCAAGCUUCCAUCCAAGAAAACAGCAGUGAAGCACAGUAACCUUAAUCCAGAGUGGAAUCAAGAGUUCAAGUUUGUCAUCAGAGACCCUGAAACUCAGGAACUGGAUAUUAAUGUCUUCGACUGGGAACAGUUUGGAAAGGAUGAAAAAUUGGGCAUGUGCAAGAUUUCGCUGAAAAAACUUACCCCAGGGACUGAAGUUAUAACUGAUAACUUGAUUAAGACCAUGGAACCGAAUGGUAUACAGAAUGAGAAGUCUGCUGGUGAAAUUACUCUGGAGCUGACAUAUAAGCCUUUCAAGGAAGGCAAUAUACAGAAAGAAGAUCCUGGAGGGCUGCUUUAUGUUGUUGUUCAUGAAGCUAAAGAACUUGAAGGAAAAUGUAACACGAAUCCAUAUGUAAAACUAACUUUCAAAGGAGUAGAGAAGAAAACAAAGGUGGUCAAAGAGAACAGGAAUCCACGAUGGAAGGAAGAAUUUGAGUUUGAGUGUGAGGAAACCCCUGCAAAUGAUAAGCUACAUGUUGAAGUCCUAGGUACCAAAAAAGCGUUGAUACGCAAUAAGGAAAGUUUAGGCCACAUUGAUAUUAGCCUCGCAGAUGUGAUCAUCAACAAACGGAUCAUUGAAAUGUACGAUCUCAUCAACUCAAAGCGUGGCCAGAUUCAGAUUGAGUUCCAGUGGAAAUCUUCGUAGAAACUGCAAGGAAACAGGCGAAUGCUUGACCAAUGCGAGCUACAGGAGGAUACGCCUAGAGGUGCCUGUUGCUAAAAAACAAUUUGCCGAUACCUGUGAUCAAGUCCUGUAGAUAUUACCUUUGCUCAUAUAUAUAUAUAUAUAUAUAUAUAUAUAUAUAUAUCUGUUUUGAUUCUGUUGAAUAUUUUCUUAAUUGCCUUCAGAACAAUGUUGUCAUGCUAUUGACAUCGAAAAUGGAACUGGAACUGAAAAGUAAUGCCAGGUCGUUAUCCUUCUAAACAGAUAUAAAAACAGCAUUCUAACAUAUUGAAA